UUGCCGUGUCUCGGGAACAGGUGGCACAGUGUCGAGCGUCGCGGAACAGCCACCAUGAAGCAUCUCGUAGUUGCUGCCGCAGCUGCCAUUUUGGUGCUAGCGGUGACUGGGGUGUCGUCGAAGGCCCUCGCGAAGGCUGAGCCCCCAAAAGAGGAGCCUCCAAGGGACGAACCUCCAAGGGACGAGCCAAUGGAGCACAGAGAAAAGCGCAGUCCUCAGGGUGACCCAAGGGACAUGACCACGAUGGGUCCCAGAGGAAAACGCAGUCCUCAUGGUGGUCCAGGGGACAUGACGACCACGAUGGGUCCCAGAGAAAAACGCAGUCCUCAUGGCGAGCCAAGGGACAUGACCACGAUGCCUCCCAGAGCGAAACGCAGUCCACAAACUUCCUCGGCGGACUGUCCCCCGCCUCCGGACGGCCCUCCACCCUCAGGACCUCCACCCAAUGGACCACCUCCUUGCGGUCCUCCACCGGACAUGAGCACCCAGAGGAAGAAGAGGUUCGCGCAAAAUCCAGCGUCCGGUGGAGACAUAGUCGGUGGCAGCCCGGACGACGAAGAUAUACCACCAGUCGCGAGUGUACCAGGAUGGAUGCUUCACAACGGCAACAUGGGAAAGGUCUCGAACAUGAUCAUUUCUACGACCUAAACCAAUUUAUCUAAGAGAUGCACCUCGAGUAUAGCGAUGUACUUGUGAUCCAUUUUAUUUUAGGAAGGUUGAACUGUUUCCAAAGGGCAUAAUUAGAGGUAGUAGAGACACGCUGUCCUGACUAAGGAUCUCUAUUUGUAGUUGAUAAAUAAAUCUGUUUCACAAAUCUCUGGAAA